AGGUCAUAAAUCAAACCCAUCGCCAUUUGUGUUGGUGAGACGAACACGAAGAUGAAGACGUUCACUUUGGUUUUAGUUUCUGCUUUGAUUUAUUCAGGCCUCCUCACGGUUCAUCUGGCCCAUGGAGAUUUGGUACAAGCCAUUGUUACACGGACCAACUCUUGCAUCAACUGUGGCAUGACCGCCGGAGAACUCAGCGUUAAGGUUUGUGGCAAUUUGGGUUGCUGCUUCUCGCCCGAAUUGGACAACGACAAUAUCAAUUUCUUACCGGGAUCUACCGACUCUUUCCGCGGACCUACAAUUUUGGGAGAAUGUGAUGAGUACCAGAUUGGAGACCGUAAUGGGGGUCCCAUUCGAGUGACUUUGAUUCAUUCCGGUACAGAUGGGCUUCAAUUGGAUAGUGUGGAUAUUGAGACCGACGAGAGAGUUGUAACCUGUUUGGUGAAUGGACAAGAGCUUGACGGUGACGACUGGUCUCAAUUCUAUUGUGAUUAAUAAACGUCACCAAAUACACCACUUACAUUCGAUUAUCUGUGAAAUUUAAUAUACAAAACACCAUGA